CAACCACCGAAGUCUUUCCUUAGGUUAAGCUACGAAGUUUCCUUGGAAAAAAAAUACCACUUUUCUGCAUUGUCUCCACACCAUAAAUUGACUUAAUUUCUCGGAAACUCAAACACAUACCAAAAAAAAGUUCAUAGAGAAAAAAUAGAGAGCCAUGUUCGUGAAGCUCCUCACCAUCGUCUGUCUACUCUCUCAACUCCAAAAAUCCUCUUCCCAAUCUCUCGAUAACUUCACUUACAAUGGCUUCUAUCCUCCAUUGACUGCUAACAUAACCCUCCAAGGGAUCGCCAGCGUCACACCCACCGGUCUACUAAAGCUAACCGAUUCAACAAGGCAAGAAACCGGUCACGCCUUCUAUAACCAACCAAUUCGGUUCAAAGACUCUCCAAACGGCACCGUCUCGUCCUUCUCCACAACGUUUGUUUUCGCCAUAGAGGCUCAGUUAGAAACACUUAGCGGCCACGGCAUCGCCUUUGUCCUGGCUCCUAACUUCGUCCUUCCGGUCGCCAAUUCCAGCUCCGAACACCUCGGGCUCUUCAAUCCCAAUAUCACACGUAAUGAAACAAAUGAUAUAUUCGCUGUUGAAUUAAACACGAUUCACAAUACAGAGCACACUGAUAUUAACGAUAACACUAUCGGAAUCAAUAUCAACGGGUUGUAUCCAGUGAAAAGUUCACCGGCGGGGUACUGGAACGAGACAGGUCAGUUUGAAAACCUUACUUUGAACAGUGAAGAGCGGAUGCAGGUUUGGGUUGACUACGAUGGUUUUACCCAUCAAAUAGAUGUAACAAUGGCUCCUUUCAACCACGAUAAACCUAUAAAACCACUUGUCUCGUCUGUCAGGGAUCUAUCCCCGGUUCUUUUGCAAGAUAUGUUCGUAGGUUUCUCGUCUUCAACUGGUUCCCUUUGGUCGGAACAUGUUGUCCUUGGGUGGAGUUUUCAGAUGAAGGGGGAAGCUCACCCGCUAGACUUACAAAGACUUCCGAAAUUUCCAGAGUGGCAGUACGACGGUACAAGUAGAACCACAGUGUUUGUUGUGUUGUUUAUUGUAGUGUUGAUAAUUACACUCGUCAUUAUCUUUUCUUUCAUCUUCCUUGUGCGGUUCAUCUUAAUGAGGAGGAAAAAGUUCGCAGAGAAGCUAGAAGAUUGGGAAACAGAGUUCAAGAAAACCCGGUUGAAGUUCAAAGACUUGUACUAUGCCACCAAAGGAUUCAAGGAGAAGAACCUUCUCGGAUCUGGCGGGUUUGGGAGCGUUUACAAAGGUGUUAUGCCCAAGACAAAGAAAGAGAUCGCCGUGAAAAGAGUGUCGGACCAAUCCCAACAAGGGUUGAAAGAGUUUGUGUCUGAGAUCGUGACUAUUGGUCGGAUGAGCCAUCGGAACUUAGUCCCUCUUUUGGGUUAUUGUCGCACAAGAAAAGAGCUUCUUCUGGUGUACGACUACAUGCCCAAUGGAAGCUUAGAUAAAUAUUUGUAUAAUAAUAAUCCAGAGGUUACCCUCAACUGGAAACAGAGAAUUACAAUCAUUAAAGGCGUGGCCUCUGCCUUAUUCUUCCUCCACGACGACUGGGAACAAGUGGUGAUUCACCGCGACAUCAAAGCCAGCAACGUCAUAUUAGAUGCAGAGUACAAUGGGAGACUCGGAGAUUUCGGUUUAGCUCGGUUGUGCGGUCAUGGUACAGAUCUUCAAACCACUUGCGUCGCUGGAACAUGGGGAUACCUAGCCCCCGACCUCAUGAUGACAGGAAAGGCCACGACCGCUACCGAUGUUUUUGCGUUUGGAGUGCUCCUACUAGAAGUUGCGUGCGGUCGACGUCCUAUCGAGAUUGAUUACGAGAGUGGUGAGAGGGCCUUGCUCCUGGAUUGGGUUUUUGGGUUUUGGAGUGAGGGAAACAUUUUGGGUGCUAAGGAUCCGAAUCUAGGGACAGAGUUUGAUCAAAGAGAGGUCGAAAUGGUUUUGAAGCUGGGGUUUUGGUGCUCUCACUUCAACCCUGAGGCUAGACCAACUAUGAGACAAGUGUUACAUUACCUAAGUGGAGAUGCAAUGUUACCAGAUUUGUCGCCUUUGGACUUGCGUGGGAGUGAGAUGAUGUUGGGACACCACGGACUUUGCGAGAUAAGCAUGUUUACUGGUGGAUCUUCGAUGGUUGAUUCUGUACUCUCCUGUGGGAGGUGACUUUGAAUAUUCGAACGUUUUGUGCGCCUAACAUUACAUAUUGCAGAAAAAUAUUCCCCCUGUUUCGUUUUACAUGUAGUUUAAGAUUCUCACACAUAAAAUCAUUAAAAUUUCUAUUAUACUCCUACCUAA